AUGGAUGCUAGGGGAGUAAAAGGGAUAACUAUAGCAAUUGUGGUAGCUGUUCUUGUCAUGCCAUUCAUAUAUCACAAGCAUCUGAAGUGCAACAUGUCUGCUAUCGUCAAUCAGGUGGUAAGUUGUUCAAGUUCGUUUAAAGACUCUAUGAGUUGAAGAAACAGUUCACCGCCAGAAACAUUUCUCGACCGCUAAAUAUUGGGCUAAUUUUCUAAGCAACUGCAGCUAACUGCGGAAAAUGUAGCAAAACGGUGUUCAUUUCUCACUCAGCGAUGCGCGCGCCAGGUAAAUUUUGACAGAUUUUUAAACCCUACUCCCUGACGCCAGGAUAAAAGAAUCGUUUUCCUAAGCAUUUCUUAUACCUUGACGUUAUGCAGUCGUGUCCUCUUCAGUCUUCCUUAAUUAAAAACGUUAAAAUGUUUCCAUAAUAGAUAGUCUGAUCCUUUUUCUGUUUCAGUGUUCUGAAUACAAGGCAGGAAUUGUUUCUGGGUCACUGUGUUCUGAUCUUUGUGAACAAAACAGCAUUCAUCUUGGAAAGUGUUUGUCCACAGUGACCGACAAGAAGAUUUAUGACGGUGACUGGAAAGGAAUGCAGGUGAUCGUAAAAGUUAACAUGAGCUGGUUUGAAGAAUUCGAAAAACGCAAAAACAUAACGGAUAACCACGCAGUCGCGUCCUUUGAGAAGGAACUUCAAUCCAGAGUGAGUACUCUGUUUGGUGAUUGCCCUCGAUGCGGUGAACUAGCGUUGCUAUUAGCAACACUUGGCGACGGUAACAGCGAUGGAGUGGUCAUUGGUUCCGAGGCCAGGACAUUCAUAUCUUUACUGCAAUUCAUAGAGCCUACAAUGUUAAUGAUUCUAAAUGACAGCAAGCACACAGUGGAUUUUUAUGGGUACUGUGGUGGAUUAUAUGCGCUCGAAAAAGUACCUAAAGUUGUCUCCAAAGAGUUUGGAGCCCACUGGGAACCUGUGGACAUUUCAUUUCUUUCUUAUGGAGACCCGUUUCAAGAAAUGCUUAAUGAAUUUUUAGGGGGAGUUCGAAACGCUGUGAUCUUUGCUAUGCAGUAUUGUUGCGCAGUUUUGAACGACGCGCUUAAUUUAACAAGGUACCACAUAUUUGCAACGUUGUUUCAGAUGCUCUCUCCCAGUAAACGUGAAAAGUUCGAACUGGCGUAUUCAAUGUUGGACGCGACACUGGAAAUUUCCAACAAUCCGUACGGUUUGGUAAGGCAGUGCGACGGACACUUAGGAAACUUUGGAAUUACCAACAACGCAUCGGUGAAAAUAAUUGAUCUUGACCUAACCUAUCCCCAUGUUUUCCUAAAGACGCUUUUAGAGCAAAAAAAAUGCGUAUCGGACGAGGAAUGCUGGGCGGGUAACUCGGAGGGUUGCUUUUCUUUGUGUAAUACAAGCUCAGGCUUCUGCACACCGACAACUGUGGUCCAAGGUGUACACAUUAUCUGCGAGGUUCUUUUCCCUAUCAUCUUUCGAGGUCCCAAUAUCCUAGAACCACAGGGUCAUAACACCACCUUCCUGACAAAAGCUAUCAGUAAACUUGGCCUAUUUUGUAGUAAGCUGCCAGUGGUGAACUCUAUUGAAGACUUAAGGCGUGAAAUUCUUGCUGUUAAAAGAAGACUAAAAACUAUUGAAAUCAGGUCAUCAAAGAAGUGUUAG